AUGAAAUGUUGGCGAUGGCGAUCAAAUCGCCAUCGAAUCUACCUAUUCUUCGCAUGUGCUUCUCUUUUACUGCUGUCUAAACACUACUUAACAGUCACUGUACCAAUUGACGAAGAAGACGAAGAACUAAACCCAGUAGAUUUAAAAGAAAAAGAAAAGGAAAAAAUAGAAUGUGAACCAACUGGCGCAGUUGAAACAAAAUGUACGGCAGACAAUGGAAAACCGCUGAGAUGUUGGAAAGAUGAAGAAGAAGUGUAUUUCCCAUUUUCUUAUAUUAAAAAAAGGUUCGAUAUGACUGGAAAAUUGGGAAAAGACGGAUCCACAUUUGAGCUGUUUACUUCCUAUGCAAAAAUGAGGACGCCCGAUAAGAACUACUAUCCAUUGGGCCCAUUUGGACACUUCUCAACAUACAGUGUGGAAACAAGAGAUCGUGUCAGAUGCAUCAGUGCGAAAACAGGAAUUUCAGAUGUUCCAAUGUCCACUCAAUGGGAUCCGAUACCUUACUACUACCCGAUUCAGAUUGCACAAUACGGGCUCCAGCAUUACAGUAGGAUUAAACUAGAUUCGGUGAGCAAUAAAUCAGAUGAUAACGCUGAAGUACUUGUGGGUGUACAAUCGAAGGAAUGGAAAGGUGCUGCUGGUAUGCAUGAGACAACUGAGCGAUUGUUUUUCAACGAUGAAGAAAAAGGAAAAGUAGUGAACAUCAGUGCUGGACAUGCUUUGUCGAAUGCAGGAGCAUAUGUGUAUCUCGAUAAAUCUCCAGACUUGCAUGUCAUUUCCUUCGACUGGAAACCCUAUGAUGCAAACUCGUCUUUCACAGUUUUAGCGAAGAUGAAACAAGAUGAUCUAUUAGUUCUUAUUAACUAUGUAUUCUCAGAAGGGGACGGAAAGUGUGUUUGGCAAGACGAGGAAAAGAGUUUUGAUGAUGAGACAAUAGUUUUGAAACCAAGAAAAGACGGUCAAGUUUCAUACUCGUAUUCUUAUUCUGGAAGUGCGCCUAUUGGGGAAUGGUCGACUGUGACACGUGAUAUUCUUGUGGAUGUAGCUCGAGCACUUUCAAGUGGAGAAAAUCGAAAGAAAGAUGACAAUGUUGUCCUCCAUCCAGGCGACCUUCGUCUGGUCUCUCUAGGAUUCCGUGGCCAAUUGACUGUCAGACAACAAAUAGCUCAACGAAAAGAGCAAGAUUCUCAUGCAUUCCGAUCUUCUGCUGACUGGUUAGUGGAGAACCAAGAUAAAAAGGGAGGAUGGGCAGUACCUGUGGAGAGAUCAAUUGCGGAUAGGAAACUAGUUUUACCUCCCGGAUGGCAUAGUGCAAUGGCUCAAGGUCAUGGAAUCUCAGUCCUCACCCGAGCAUACAAUCAGUUUAAUGAUAAGAAAUACUUGUCUUCUGCGAUUAAUGCUCUGGAACUAUUCAAGACAAAUUCGUCCGAAGGUGGUGUCCGUGCGGAGUUCUUCGGAUACAUUUGGUAUGAGGAGUAUCCAACAACACCUGGAUCCUUUGUACUUAAUGGAUUUCUCUAUUCACUGAUUGGUCUCUACGAUUUAUCGAAACUGGACGUUUCCGGAAUCUAUGAUGAUAGUGCCAAAACGAAAGUUAAAGAGGCGCAAGAAAUGUAUUCAGUGGGAAUACGUUCAUUGAAACAGUUACUUCCAUUAUAUGAUACGGGAAGUGGAACGAUCUAUGAUCUACGUCAUGUCGCACUAGGAACGGCUCCUAAUCUGGCGAGAUGGGAUUACCAUGCGGUACAUGUAUAUCUACUGAAAUGGAUCGCUGGUCUUGAAAAGGACGAGUUUUUAAACAAAACUGCCGAUCGCUGGAUUGGAUACGCUUAUGGAAAACGGGCAAAACACAAUUAA